GUGCCAUCACGAAAAAUACGUUUGGCGGAGGACAAGAUCAAUUAUGUGAAAUGUUCCUUUAUAACUUUGAUCACGUGUAGUAUUCCGAUAUUUUCCACGUAUCUGUUGGUUAAAAGUUGUGCAUUUAGGUUAUAGAUGUUAAUGGAGGCUAUGCACGAAUUUCCUUUUGACAGUGCUGAAGGGAAUAAAAUCAUAUGAACUGUUUCCAGGGGUGGAAGGACUUUUUUAUAUUUACUAUUAUUAUUAAGGAUCUGAUAAUAUUAGGCCGUUUAGACGCUGUAGCACUGCUGAAAUCGCUAUAAUCUUCCGGUCGCGAGGAGGAGGAUUUUUGGAUUUGUGCCUCAAGAGCAGCAAGGGCAUUGUGCGGGCACAUCUUCAUUCCCAUCAGGUCUUUGGAGAAGGCUGACCCGGUUUCAGUGUGUUACAUGCAAGAGGACCGGUCCAGAGGGACUUGUCCCUUACCAGUCCUGAUCUAAGGAUGUGAGAAAGGAGGGCACAAACAUGCUCCCUCAUCCCCAAUCCAUCUCACACACUUCACAUGUGCUCUUCUAAUGUGAUUCUCUUAAAUAUUGUAGGUCAUCUGGCACCCCUUCCAUUUUUGGUAAAAAGGGCUGUGGGGGAUAUUUGUCCCAGAAAAAAAAAAAAAAAAAAUCAGCCUUUCCUAAUUCCAAAUUGUUACUAACAGGCUUUAUUUAAGAUAAAAGAUCAUGGUGGCUGUCAUAGGGAAGGAUUUGGGAUCGAAGCAGCUACAGGAAUCCAAUGAGGAGUGCUAUCCACUGGCCACGGCUGAGGGCACACAGCAAGGAGCACACUGGAGUCUACUCUGCUGGGGUUAAAGUGUGCAGUGUGCACUACUUCCUGCCGCAGGUAGAGCUGUCACAGUGUUGUGUGAAGCUGUAGCUGUGUCAGAGGCUGGCUGUGUCCUUGCCUUACUGCUGUGAGAGCUGCUCGGCUGGAUAUUGGAAUCUUUCUCACACACGCACUGAGGAAACUGCAGCCUCACCACCAUGGAGAAGUGCUGUUCGGAGUGUUCAGAACCCAGGAUGGCGCAAAGCUUGUGCACCUUCUGCAACAAGUGGCUGUGUUUCCAGUGCACCGACCUGCACCAGCAUGAGAGAGCCUCCACUCAACCCUCUGACCUGCAGCACCAGCAGAGAGACCCUCUAUCACCGUCUGAAAUAGGAGCCGGUUGCUGUGGGCAUGCUGUUGUCAUGUGUCCUUUCCAUAAACAGGAGCCUCUAGAGCUGCUCUGCGAAACAUGCAACCUCCUGGCCUGCAGCAUCUGUCACCUGUCUGCUCACACAGACCACCGGCUGGUACAUGUCGGAAAAGCUCUGCAAGAUCAGCGCUGUCUCCUACAGAACCUCAUGGCAAGAGUGGAGGAGAAGAGGUCAACUGUGGAGAGUACUGCUAAACAGAUCCAGGGCAGGCUCCAUGGUAUUAAGAUCACGCAGAGGAAGGCAGAGAACCAGAUAAAAAUGGCAAAGAUGAUUAUGAUGAACGAGCUUAACAAACGGGCCAACCUAUUAAUAGAACAACUGGAGAGUAUCUCCAGUGAUUUCAAGCAACGUCUGGAGGACCAGCUGCAGGGGGCCAUAGAGCUGUGCAGCCAGCUGGAGCACGUGCAGAACUUCAUUACCUGGGCUACAUCCCACCACAGGCGCAAUCCACUACUCUUCAGCAAAGAGCUGAUUGCUCUUCAGAUGCAGCAAUUACUAGAGCCACUGAUGCUCUCAGAGUCCUGGCCCCCUUUGAAAAUCAAGUUUAACUGGGAUGCCAGCUUCUGGACCAAGCAGAUGUCCACUUUAGGUCAGCUGGUUGUUGAGGGUGGAAGUCAUUCAUACUCUGAGGUUGUCGGUCACCCCAGUAUCCUGCGACCCCAGCCUGUCCCUUACAUAGCCAUGCCUGCUCUGUGCCAUGCGGUGCGGGAACCUGGCUGCACCUACCAGACUUUCUGCCAGCCCCAGCUCUGCUGUCUUCACUGCAGACCUACCCAGUCCGUCCCUUUGGACAAGUACUCAGUACCCCUAGACAAAUACCCCAUCCAGUGUCCUCAGGCUACUAGCCGGAGCUCCCCUCCAUCCCUCCACAGCUGCUGGGAGGCUGAUGCUUCUGUCCCCUUACACCCAACAGGAUCUCAGCCUACACAGCAGUCAACCUCUCACCUGGGGUCUGACCUUGUCCACCAUGGAUCCAGCACUACUCUGCCUCAACAGCCUGCAGGAUCCAACAACCACCAAUUGCUUGAGGCACUCCCUGCUAAUCCCCACCAGACUGCUGCAGAUUGGAGAAUAAUUGAAUCAAGCCAGCACCACCGUGGGAGAGGGCAAACACCUUCACCCGAGUCAGCAACAGGACCAGAGUGUUCACCAGACAGAGAGCAGCCACAGACCCAGAAUCAGGCUCAAGCGCAGCUGACCACAGACACCAGCAAUCAGCUCAUGGUUGAACGGCAGCCUAUCAUUGCUAUCGUUGAUAGCAGGAGAUCAUCAGCAUUGGAUAUGGAUGCAGUGGCUCAAGGCCAGGAAGCUGAUAGUCAGAGCCAUUCAAAGAGAAGGACCAGGUCUCAGGAUGUCCCAGCAGGACGAGAAGCUUGUAAGAGGACCUCUAAAUACAGGUUGAACAGGGCUGCUCAGAGCCAGGCAACAGAGGCUGGGGACCAGAGAUGCACAGUGCCGCAGUUCUUGUAUCAGCAGGUCUGUCCACGGCUCAGAGAGACAGAGGAUGCUUCUGAGAUCUGCCCAGUACCGCAGUGUACAAGCAUUCAUAGUAUGUCUACUCUGGCCACCUACAAAUCUAAACCGGAUAAUGUUUAUGCAUAUGCCUAUGAAAACAGAAAACUGAAAACAAGAAAGAAGAAGAGACCAUCAAGAGUUGAUGUGGACACCAGUGACAAAGAUGCCACUGAUGGUUCUAAGUUUCCAGUUGUGUGUCUUAAGCGACUCAAAAUCCUGGUUUCACAGCAUCCACCACAGAGCCAUCAGAGCACAGAUCUCACCUCUGAGACUCGAAGGAAGCCUGAAAGAACUGUCUUAAGGGUGUUAGAGAGAGAAGCAACCUCUCAGGGAACAUUAAGUGAGGAGUCAGUUCAAACAGGAGACAGUGUGCCGCCUACAGAGCAGCCAUCAUUAGAAUACCUGCAAAGCAGUGGAUCACCUGGCGCCCUUGAGGUUUCUCAGCCUACUGUGCAAGAAGUAUGCAACAUACAUCAAGAGUCCAUGAUACUAGCCAUUUCCAGUGAUCCAGAUCCUCUCUUACAACCUGGCACAGAAGAAAUACACUCUAAACAUGAUUGCCCAUCUGAACCCAGAUCAGUGCCAUGUUCUGAUUUAUUCACAAAAGCGGGCUUAAAUGUGGAUGUGGAAUCAUACCUCAAUCAGUUAGCAUCAGAUCCAAGUGCUGAAUCUGAACUGCAAAUCGAAUCAGAAUCAGAUGUGGCUUCAGAGCAGCAUCUAGAAUCUGUGCUCUUGGCUUCUGAACAGGAAUUUGAAUCAGAUCCAGAUUCCACAGCUGAAGUGACUCUGAAUCUUGAACCAGAAUCUGUAUGGGAGGCAAAGCAGCUAGCGCUCCCUCCUGACAACAGCUGUGAAACAGUAUCAGAGCCUACUUCUGUGCACCAGCCCACAGAGGAAAGACCUGAGAUCGAGAAUGAGGACUUCUGUGCAGUCUGUCUCAUUGGAGGAGACUUGUUGUGCUGUGACCAUUGCCCCAAGGUCUUUCACCUGUCUUGCCACGUACCUCCCCUCCAUAGUUUCCCCACAGGUGACUGGAUUUGCACCCUGUGCAGGGAUGUGGAGCAGCCUGAGGUGGAAUAUGACUGUGAGAAUGUCCAGAUGUCCACAGGCACAGUGCCAUAUGGACUGUCGGCAUGUGAUCAGAGGAAAUGUGAUAAGCUGACCCUUCUGAUCCUCAGCAACAUUCUCAGUGCUCCAUUCCAUGAGCCUGUCAGCCCUCUGGCCCGUCACUAUUAUCAGAUCAUCAAGAAACCCAUGGACUUGUCUGUCAUUCGGAACAGGCUCAUCAGAAACAGUCACCGACACUACCAGUCCCCUCAUGAGUUUGUGGCUGAUUUCCUGCUUAUGUUCAAAAACUGUGCCAAGUUCAACUACUCGGACUCAGAAGUGGCUCAGGCAGGCCACAGUCUGCAGUCGUUCUUCACUUCAAAGCUGAGGGAGGUGUUCCCAGAUCUGAGCUACCCUGACCGGGAGGAGGAGGAGGAGGACUCCGACAGUGAGGAUUACGAGGAGUUGGAAAGAGCUGUAGUGACUGGAUUCCACUGGCCAGAGAGAAAGGAGCAGAGCCACAGAAAGAGGAAGAGGAGGCACUCCCUCAACUGGAGGAGAAAUCACUAUUAGUUGUGCCUCAUAUACAAAUAAAGAGACAUUAAAGGCAAUUUGAUCCACUUUGAGCUGCGUUAUUUUUUUCCAUAUUGAAAUACUGUAUGAUUUAUUUCUGAGGACUUCAUAUAAUAACCAGUUCUGAUUCAUGUGUAUGUUUUUAUCUGUAGGUGUGGUUAGUUGUUAACAUUAAGCCUAUGUCUCCAGACUUUGCCUACGGUCUUGCACGUGUGUGUGUGUGUGUGUGUGUGUGUGUGUGUGUGUAUUCUAUUGCUUAAAUUGUACAUAUUGUUUGAUCGCUGACUGGUAAUAUUGUGUAUUAUAAUAUAUUAGAUUUAGAUAUCUGUUUCUUUCUUUUUUUUUUUACCCAAAUUUCCUAUGAACUGAGGUACAGGUCUUAUUCCAGUUUAUAUCCAGUUUAACUGUAAUAAUGUUAUUAACCUGUAGAGGGAGUACUUUAUAUAGCCUUCAUAUGCAACACAUCGGUUGAUAUUGGACUUUUUAGUGGCAGUGAGAUGUGACUAAAACACCCUCCUUGAAAAUAAAGGCUGUAAUAUUAGGCUGUUGCUACAUUACCAUAAUGUUUUAGAUUGAUCUGUUAAAAAGUUUCUUUGUCUAAUGAUAACAUAUGUAAUGGCUGUAAUAAGUUUAGUCCAGUGUGUUGCUCCAUGUGCUUCACCAACUAGUUUGAUAUAAAUUUGCCUUCUGACUUUUGUAAAACUGGCCUUAAAUGCUGAAUUUGCUGUGCAGAAUAUGUUAAGUCCUCUUCUAAUGCUAUGUAAUAUCUUAAGCUAGAUUUGAUUUAGUCUAAAAUACUGUAUAUUGGUGUAAAUAUGGGAUCCAAACCUUGUUGUUUUAUGGUACACAACAAACAACAUUACAUGUAUUUUUACUAUUGGUUCUAAAAGCACACUAAAAAGAGUUGCAUUAUUACCAAUUGACUUUUGUUGUGUUAUCACCAAUUUCCUGGCAGAAACAGUAAUUAUUGAUUGUUUUUAAAUUCAGCUCAUUUUAUUGCAAAUUCAACAUUCAAGUAACAACCUUUCCAAAAACAUCUGUAACUACUUGCUUUAAUUUCAUGAAACA